UUACAAGGACUCAUGGAUCCAACUGGUGGAACCAACAGAACAGCUGUUACUGAAUUCAUUUUACUGGGCCUGGUGGAAACAGAAAAGCUGCAGAAUCUGCUCUUUGCAAUCUUCUUCUUUGCCUACCUGGUCACUGUUGGAGGCAACCUCAGCAUCCUGGCAGCCGUUGUGCUAGAUUCCAAACUCCAUAGUCCCAUGUACUUCUUUUUGGGGAACCUAUCAGUGUUGGAUGUUGGAUGUAUCACUGUCACAGUUCCUGCAAUGUUGGUUCAUCUCCUGUCUCACAGGCGUACAAUUCCCUAUGAAUCCUGCCUCUCACAACUGUUCUUCUUUCACCUCCUGGCUGGGAUGGACUGCUUCCUGUUGACAGCCAUGGCCUAUGACCGAUUCCUGGCCAUCUGCCAACCCCUCACUUAUAGCACUCGCAUGAGCAAGACGAUCCAGGUGAUACUGGUGGCUGUGUCCUGGGUAUUCGCCUUCUCCAAUGCCCUGACUCACACGAUCGCCCUAAGUACUCUGGACUUCUGUGGUCCCAACAAGGUUAAUCACUUCUAUUGUGACCUCCCACAGCUCUUCCAGCUCUCAUGUUCCAGCACUCAACUCAAUGAGCUGAUUCUUUUUGGUAUGGGUUUCCUGAUGGCAGGUAUACCUGUGUUGCUUAUCAUUAUCUCCUAUAUCCAUGUGGCAACUGCAGUUCUACGCAUUCGCUCGGUGGAGGGCAGGAAGAAGGCUUUCUCUACAUGUGGCUCCCAUCUCACUGUAGUUCUUCUCUUUUAUGGGACUGGUAUCUUCAACUACAUGCGUCUGGGUUCUGAGGAGGCUUCAGACAAAGAUAAAGGGGUUGGAAUUUUCAAUACAGUUAUCAACCCCAUGUUGAAUCCUUUUAUCUAUAGCCUUAGGAACCCUGAUGUUCAGGGUGCUCUGUGGCGGGUUCUUGUGGGGAGACAGUCACAGACCUGA